UCGCCGAUGGUAGCUCUCUGUGAGCAGCGUGCACUGCCUGUGCUGCUACGUCCGCGCGAAGCCUCAGCUGCUCAGCUCGAGCUCCGGAGAAAUGGCAACAACAGUGAAACUACACACCGGGGCACUCAUGCCUAUUUUGGGCCUGGGGACAUGGAAGUCUCCCCCUGGCAAAGUCACAGAGGCGGUGAAAGCAGCCAUCUCAGCGGGUUACCGGCACAUUGAUGGAGCUUAUGUCUACCAGAACGAGGCGGAGGUGGGAGAGGGCGUUCACGCCAUGAUCAAGGACGGCGUGGUCAAGAGAGAGGAUCUUUUCAUUGUCAGCAAGCUUUGGUGCACUUUCCAUGAGAAGUCCCUGGUGAGGCAAGGCUGCGAGAAGACCCUCAGUGAUCUUAAACUGGACUACCUAGACCUCUAUUUAGUGCACUGGCCCAUGGGUUUCAAGGCUGGCAGUGAGCUGUUCCCUCUGGACAGCGCAGGAGAGACGAUCAAUGAUACUAGUCACUUCCUGGAGACAUGGGAGGCGAUGGAAGAGCUGGUGGAUGCCGGUUUGGUCAAAGCUAUCGGUGUCUCUAACUUCAACAAGGAGCAGAUUGAAGCCAUUCUUAACAAGCCAGGCCUCAAAUACAAGCCUGCCAACAACCAGGUGGAGUGUCACCCGUACCUCACCCAGGAGAAGCUGAUCAACUACUGCCAGUCUCAGGGCAUCUCGGUGACAGCUUACAGCCCCCUGGGCUCCCCUGACAGACCCUGGGCUAAACCUGAAGACCCUUCACUGCUGGAGGACCCCAACAUUAAAGCCAUUGCUGAGAAGCACAAGAAGACAUCCGCUCAGGUCCUGAUCCGCUUCCAGAUCCAGAGGAACCUGAUCGUGAUCCCAAAGUCGAUCACACCGCUGCGCAUUCAGGAGAAUUUCCAGGUGUUUGACUUUGAACUGACUGAGGAGGAAAUAAAGACUAUAUUAGGAUUUAACAGGAACUGGAGAGUCUGUCCCAUGCAAUGGAGCACAAAGCACAAGGACUAUCCGUUCAAUGCAGAAUUCUGAAAUGAAAAAUGCAGUUGUAGCACAGGCUUGCAGUGAGUGCUGGAGCUUGCUUCUCUACCCUCAAUGCUACUUUCCUGUUCUCCAGUUUGUAACGGUUGUGUAGCCUUGCAUCAUGUUUUAUUUUCUUGUUAUAUUUCUCAAGAGAAACUCUGACCUUUUCACCAAAGGUAAUUUCAACUUGUUUGAACAAGAUUUCUUUAUUUACAUUCAUAGUCUUAGUGUUAAAUCAAAUUUACUUUUGUGGUACGUGUAGAACUUAAAGUUACUGAAGAACAUAAAUGUGUGCCGUACACGGUACCAAUGUUCAGUAUAGUUCUGAGUUAGUUUUAAGAACAGAAUAAGCAAUCUACAAAACAUACACCUCAGUAAGUGUUAGUUUUGUGUUUUUAGUAUCACGUAUGGGGAAAAAAAUGACCUACAGUAAAUUCUCAGAGCCAGACUUAAAUGUAAACUGAGUUAUGGGAUACACCGAGAGAUGUAUCAUACCUUGAAAGCACUCCUUAUGUAACUAAACUGGUUUUUCCUUUCAUUGUUUGUGACCAGGUUUAUUUAUACUCCUUUGCAGAGGCAUCAGUGCCUCAGCGCAUAUAUUUAUCUGCAAAAUUAAAAAGUACUGUUGUCAAAUGCAGAACCAGUAUUACCUGGAUGUGUAUGACUAUGAGUCAUAAGGCGUUUUCUAAUCAUGUGUAUUAACCCUGUUACGAAAAUGUUGCUUUCACUUCCUGUGUGAGCUGUUUUGUUAAGCACUAAAAUAAAGUCCUGUGGGAGAAAGUAAAAAAAAAUAAAAAAAA